AUGAUUUAUACCAAACAACAGUGGUACACGCCGGCUGAGGUGGCGGUGCACAAUCGACCUAACGAUUGUUGGAUUUCUCUCAACGGACUGGUGUAUAACUUAACACCUUGGUUGGAGCAGCAGUUCAAACUGUGCCAUUGCGGAAAGUCUUGUUCGUGCCCGGUGAAGACCUGGUUCUGCAGUGACGAAUGUGUGGAAUACUGUAAUUGCUUCAAACGAGGAUUUUUGUAUUGCGACGCAAAAAGGCUGGCAAUGACAAUCAUCGCCUACGCCGGCAAAGACGUUAGCCAUUGGUUCAACGGCGAUGACUGGAUCAAAUAUAUCCACCCGAUCGUUGGCUCCAAGAUUAGAUACAUGCGCCACGGGCAGGGACAUCAACGGCCCGCGGUACCGUCUACGAGGUGGCGCCCUAUAGAAAAUCCUUGGUGGACUGAUGAGGCGCUCAUCAUUGGCAAGGCUACUGCGAAGACUCGGCCGAUUAGGAUUACCAAUACUAUGACAGGUUCCACGGUAACUUUAGAGGUCUGUUCUGAAGAAACGUUAUACCAAGUGAUGAUGCGCUAUAUGCCACACAACUCUCACUUAAACUCGUACACGUGGCGGUACCUCGGCCGUGGGUUGUGCUCUAACAAGACUCUUGCGCAGAAUGGGAUCCCUGAUGAGAGAGAGAGGUUUAAUGAUGUUGCAUUGCCAGAGAAUACACAUAUUCCAGCCAUUUUGAUUUAUUAUAAUGAUGAUUUGACUGAAGAUUUACCAAAACAAGAGUGCUAUUGUUACAACGAGUCUUGCAUAUCUCAUGCGCCUAACGUUUGCAAAGUAUGAUUUCUACAUUCUAUUGAUCUUCAUUUUACGGCGUGUUGGAGAAAUUUUAUUUGAAAUUUAUGUAUAUAUAAAAAU